GCGGGGCCGCCGCAGCCGUCCCCUCUCGGGCGCUCCCGCAGCGGCGCGGACACGCGGCUCUGAGCGCCCGCAGCUGCGGCCGGUGCCGCUCCCCGCUCCCCGCUCCGCCAUGAGCUGCUCGGCGGACGCCGUGAAGGAGAAGCUGCUGUGGAACGUGAAGAAGGAGGUAAAGCAGAUCAUGGAAGAAGCUGUCACCCGGAAAUUUGUACAUGAAGACAGCAGUCACAUCAUUGCCUUAUGUGGUGUGGUGGAAGCGUGUCUGCUGCACAUGCUGAAGCGCAGGGCCGCCGGCUUCCUGCGGACUGACAAGGUGGCUGCGCUCUUCACCAAGGUUGGCAAGACGUAUGCAGUAGCUGGAGAUGUGUGCAAGAAAGUGCAGGAACUGCAGCAGCAGGUAGAAGGCAGGAAAAACCAGCCAAACGGGCAGGAGCCCCUCAAGAGGCAGGGAUCAACCACAAACAAAACACCUGUGCUGACACCUCAGGCCAUCAAGCACAUCUGGGUUCGAACAGCGUUGAUUGAGAAGGUGCUUGACAAGAUUGUGCAGUAUAUUGUCGAUAACUGCAGUAAAUACUAUGAGAAAGAAGCUUUACUGGCAGAUCCAGUGUGUGGGCCAAUACUGGCUUCUCUUCUAGUUGGACCAUGUGCUCUGGAGUACACCAAGCUGAAAACAGCAGAUCACUACUGGACAGACCCUUCGGCAGACGAGCUGGUGCAACGGCACCGGAUUCACGGCGUGCACGGCCGCCAGGACUCUCCCUCGAAGCGCCCAGCCCUGGGAAUCCGGAAGCGGCACUCCAGCGGGAGCACGUCCGAGGAGCGCGAUCGCUUCGCCGCCUCCGCCAGGGAGUACGUGGAGUCCCUGCACCAGAACUCGCGCACACACCUCCUGUACGGCAAGAACAACGUCCUGGUCCAGCCGAAAGACGACUUGGAGGCAAUUCCUGGGUAUCUCUCCCUUCAUCAGUCAGCAGAUAAUUUGACAUUAAAAUGGACUCCAAAUCAACUGAUGAAUGGAACCCUUGGGGAUUCAGAGCUGGAGAAGAGUGUGUACUGGGACUACGCAUUGAUAGUGCCCCUCAGCCAGAUCGUCUGCAUUCACUGCCAUCAGCAACAAAGCAGAUGGACAUUAGUCCUGGUGAGUCAGGAUGGAACUCAGAGACCUCCACUGCACUUCCCCCAAGGAGGUCACCUCCUCGCCUUCCUUUCCUGCCUGGAGAACGGCCUCCUGCCUCGUGGCCAGCUGGAACCGCCGCUGUGGUCCCAGCAGGGCAAGGGUAAGGUGUUCCCAAAGCUUCGGAAACGGAACAGCAACAGAUCAGUGGACCUAGAGGAGAUGCCAGCUGAAGACACUUCUACAGACUAUGUGUUCAGAAUUAUCUAUCCAGGACACAAGCAUGAAAACAUAACUAUUAACUACCACCACUUAGCUGCCAGCCGCUCUACCUCUGUUGACGAUGAUGAGGAGGAGGAAGAUAAGCUACACGCAAUGCUAUCAAUGAUCUGCUCUCGGAACCUCACAGCUCCUAAUAGGAUGAAAGACACCAGUGAAAUGAUAGAGAUGCAAGGCUUUGGAGCAAACCUGCUGUCGUGGCAGCUGGAGCACUGCAGCCAAGGCUCCUCGUGUGUCUCCUGUUCAACAGGCAGCUCCCCCUACGAUAUACCCAGCUGUUGCAACUGCAUCCAUGAUAGAACUCCAUUAAAGAUGUUGUGUGAAAGCAUGAAGAGGCAAAUCGUCUCCAGAGCCUUUUAUGGAUGGCUCGCCCACUGCCGCCACCUGAGCACGGUGCGCACGCACCUCUCGGCGCUGGUGAACCACACCAUCGUCCCCCCCGACAGGCCCAGCGCCGCCGGGCUCACCAAGGAGGUCUGGAGCAAGUACCAGAAGGACAAGAAGAAUUACAAGGAGCUGGAGCUGCUGAGAAGAGUUUACUACGGCGGGGUGCAGCAUGAGAUUCGGAAGGAAGUCUGGCCCUUCCUCUUGGGGCACUACAGGUUUGGCAUGGCCAAAAAGGAAAUGGAGCAGGUGGAUGAAGACAUCGCUCUGCGCUAUCAGAAGGUCAUGGCUGAGUGGAAAGCCUGUGAGGUCGUUGUAAAGCAGCGAGAGAAGGAAUCGCACUCUGCCACCCUGGCCAAGUUCUCAUCAGGCAGCAGCAUUGACAGCCACGUGCAGCGGCUGAUCCACAGGGACUCCACCAUCAGCAAUGACGUGUUUAUCUCGGUGGAUGAAGCGGACUCGUCAGAGCGGGGCCGGGCCGAUCCCUCCCUCACCGCCGUGACCGCCGCGGCUGCCCCCGAGCCGCACUCCGUGGAGUUUGACUCCCCCGACUCCGGGCUCCCGUCCUCCAGGAACUACUCGGUGGCCUCGGGCGUCCUGUCCAGCAUCGACGACGGGCAGAGCGGCUCCUUCGAAGAAGGGGCUGAGGACGAGGGCAGCGCCGAGCUGUGCCGGGCCGGGCCGGACGCGCACAGAGCCGGGUCAGGGCUGCGGCCCCAGGAGUCCGUGUCGGAGCAGCAGCUGGGGGCCCAGGGCGACUAUUUAAUGGAUGUUGCUUCUGUCUGCGCUGCGUCCUACACAAUAGAGUUACUGGACACUGUUGCCUUAAAUUUGCACAGAAUUGAUAAAGAUGUCCAGAGGUGUGACCGGAAUUACUGGUAUUUUACUGAUGACAACCUGGAGAAGCUCCGAAAUGUCAUGUGCAGUUAUGUUUGGGAGCACCUGGAAGUUGGUUAUGUUCAAGGCAUGUGUGACCUCCUGGCUCCUUUGAUGGUUGUACUUGACAAUGAUCAGCUGGCUUACAGCUGCUUCAGCCACCUGAUGAAGAGGAUGAGCCAGAACUUCCCCAACGGCGGAGCCAUGGACACACACUUUGCCAACAUGCGGUCCCUGAUCCAGAUUCUGGACUCUGAGCUUUUUGAAUUGAUGCACCAGAAUGGAGAUUACACUCACUUCUACUUCUGCUACCGCUGGUUCCUGCUUGACUUCAAAAGAGAAUUGUUGUACGAGGAUGUAUUUACAGUGUGGGAAGUUAUUUGGGCAGCAAAGCACAUCUCUUCAGAACAUUUUGUCCUUUUCAUUGCCUUAGCACUUGUGGAAGUUUAUCGAGAGAUUAUCCGAGAUAACAACAUGGACUUCACUGAUAUCAUCAAGUUUUUUAAUGAGAUGGCAGAGCAUCAUAAUGCAGAGGAAAUCCUGAGGAUAGCAAGAGACCUUGUCUACAAAGUGCAGACACUGAUUGAGAACAAGUGACACUGACCAGGCUGGGGGCUGUUGGAUGGAGCAGUUCUUGCACUGUAACUUCAGAGUGGUGUUUUAAUUGCAUCUUCCAUGUAAUGUAACAAAUACCAGAGAGAUUUGUAACAGACUUUUAAAAGCAGAACUUCCCCCUCCCCAGAGAGGUUGUGUUUGAUAGUCCUUGUUACACUCACUUUGUAUUUCUAGACAAAACCUUUUUGCAUUCUCCUACUUCCCCCUCUAGACCAUCUCUCUACAGCUUUGAGAUAUCAAAAAGGGGGGAUUUGACAUACCAGAACGUUUGUAUUUUGACUCCCUGCACACCUUUAAAGCCUGGAUGUGUGUUGUGUGCUGUGCCAGCCCCUUCCACGGAGGUGCAGCCGGAUCUGACGCUCACUGCAGGGCCCAGCCUGGCCGAGGGCUCCUCGUCUGUGCCUUGAACAGGGGAGAGAAUGUGCAUGAGCACCUGUGGCCAAAACAGUUGGGCGUGUAUUUAGCAGAGUCUUGAGCAGCAGUUAAGGUAAAUAAAGUUACCAGCUGGGAGAAUACCCUUGAACUAAAUGCUGUGGUUAAUGUGAGCAGUGAAGAUCUGUCAACACAUGCUGAAAACAUCAGUUACCCUUUGCUGCCUCAGCUCGGGCUCCUGAGUCCUGUUGCCCCAGACAUUCCUUCCUUUCACCUUGCCAACUGCCUCUGUGGCUAUUCCCAGCCAGCAGGCCGUGGUUCAGGUUAACGAGCUCAGCACAGACAGGUCCCUGCUCACACUGGCAGCUCCCAGGUGCCAUCUGUGCCAUGAAGGCCCCAUCCUGCAGCACAGAGCCUCUCCUCUCCUCACUGCACACUCCUUGCCCUUGCUCCUGCCCACUCUGCAGAGCUCUGGGAGGACUGACAGCUCUGACCAUACACUGGUCUGUAUGACUGCAGUAAAAGAUGGGAAAUAAUAGUCCAAAAAGGGGAAAAAAUGCACACACAGAGCCAGGGCCCCCUGAAACUGGCGUCUCAACACUGGGAGGGAGGGGAAAAAGCCAACACGGGUCCUGAUGCUACCAGAUGCCAUCAGAUAGGAGCGUGGUCUCCGUGCUCGUGGAAGAAGAGUGAGAACAGAGGAGCUGACUCUGUGCUGAGAAGGGAACUGCAGAGACCCCUGGGAGGGAAACCCCCAUCUGCACAGCCCUGGGAUGAGGCAGCUCUGAGGGAAAGGCUCCUCUGAGCUGUGCAGGACAGAGCAGCUUCAGCCACGGCUCUGCCCCGUCCUGGGGCUGCUGAAAGGCCUCACAGCACUGCUGGGGCUGGUUGUUCCCAACUGAAACAGUAUUUUAAGAACAGUGACAGGAGGGAACGAACCCUCCCAGAGCCCGAGGAGUGAUGUGAAAACUCCAACUGCACUGUUUUCCUUUGGUAUGCUGGGAAUGUGCUAUGAGCUCUGUUUAAAGCCCCACAGCCCAGCCCUGUGCCAGCUGCUGUGUUUGUUACAACACUGUCCACUUGUAUUUUAUGGGUAUUGUGUAUUGACUUAUUUAUUUUUCUUGGGGACAGACUAUUGCAU